UUCCUCCUCUUCCAUGGAUGAAUGCUAAAGAACUAUAGACAAGCAAACAAUACAACAAGCUGUCUUCAUAUCUUGCAAGACUUCUUUUUUUUUUUAACUCUAGCUCUCUUUUUAAAUUCUAACUCUCGGCCAAACUGAAUACUUCUUGAUUCAUAUUUUUAACUAGGAGCCAGCUAACUGCCUUAAAGCACUAUCCUGCAGCCUUGAGGCAUGCUGUUCUUCUUAAGUGCAAUCAUGUAUAAUUAAGUAAAAAGGCCAUUCUUUUGCAUCUGAAUCAGAUUUGCUGACAAUUGAUUUGUUAGAAAAUUAUUUUCUAUGGUGGAGAUGUCAUUUUCUCAACUUGGAUAUCCUUACAGUAGCAACUCACAGAUUCUGGUUUCAACAAAUCCCAGCACAUCGUGUUAUGAUUCUGCACCCAGAUCCCUAUCUGAAGUCCCAGUGGUCUCUGCCCAUACCCCAUCAAUCUAUUGUCCUUCAUAUGAGAACAGACUGCUGGUCAGCAGUAGAACUGAUCUUAGUUUGGGGGUGUAUAACACCACUUAUGCCACAGCCAGCACAGCAUAUGCCAGUUAUGUUCCUUACAGCACUGAUCCAGCAACACUGUACCCCACCUUGACUCCACAAUAUGAAAUGAAGGAUAGCACCAGCUCUUUGCACCCAGGGAUGGCUCAGCCUGCUGCUUACUAUCCAUAUGAGCACUCCUUAGGGCAGUACCAGUACGACAGGUUUGGAGCAGUGGAUAUUACAUGCUCUUCCAGGCGUAAAAAUGCCACCAGGGAGAAUACAAGUACCCUUAAAACCUGGUUGUAUGAACACAGAAAGAACCCAUACCCUACUAAGGGUGAAAAGAUAAUGCUGGCCAUUAUUACCAAGAUGACUCUCACUCAAGUAUCCACUUGGUUUGCCAAUGCCAGAAGGAGGCUAAAAAAGGAAAAUAAAAUGACGUGGUUCCCCAAAAAUAAAGCAAUUGAUGAAAGAAAGGUUGAGAAGCAAGAGGAUUAUAAUGCAAGAUGUGAAGAUCAAGAUAAUACAACAUGCAAAAAUGGGAAGAAACUGAGGUCUUGUCAGGUUAACAGCAUGUAUGACAGAAUUAUUCCUUCUCCAAUUGGCAGUUCAAACUCUGACAGAUCUAGAAGCAGUGAGUGCAGUUUGACACCAUCUGGCACUUCUUAUGUUUUUCCUUGCAAUGAAGCAAAUUCAGAGGACUAUUUGGGAUUUGAAAAAAAUAGCCUUCGAGAAAACAGUGAUCAUUUGGUCACACAUGGAACUACAGGAAAACCCAGAAUAUGGUCCUUAGCUCACACAGCUGCUGCUAGUAUAGCAGCGGAAACUGAAAUUGACAAGAUAUCACAUCGUCCAAACUGUCCAAAAAAAAAUCACUCAAGUUCAGGUUAUAACGUAUGUGAGCAUGAGGUGAAGUCCAUGCAAAAUAUAAAGCCUCAGAUUCACACACAAAGUCAGAGAAUGACUUGUUAAGGACAGCUUUCCAGCCAGUCAUUAAGAGGUGAGACAGGUUAUAUCGGAAGCACCCCAGGAUCUCUUUUAGUAAAAAUCUUCAAAAACAGUAUAAAAGUAGAAAUGAUGGAACAUCUGGAACAUGAAGUACAUUUAGUCUACAAUAGAAGAUAAAGAGAUAAUUUCUUAUUGUCUGAAAUUCACAUAUCCAAAUAUAUAUUUUGUUCUUCUGCUAUGUUAUUGCAUUUAUAAUUUUACGUUUAUACUUACAUAUGUUUAUUCUUAUUUUACUUUCUCUAAAAAAAAACAGAAGCAACUCAUAGUUUAUCUUGUUUAAAUGUGUGAUUUAUAUGUAAAGCCUUUUUGUGUUCAGGCAACUAUCAGUGUAAAAAAAUACGACUAAAAUAUAUCUGAUUAUAAUACUGUGUGACACCUGGGAAGCUUCUGUACUGCAAUUUUAAAAAGCUUAUAAUCAUUUAUUUAUAAGUAUCAAAUAGCAUAAACAAAUAUUGAAGAAAAUUAUCUGUUUCACACAGAUUCUAGGUAUGAGAUGCCUAUUAUUAUGCCCGUAAGAAUGUCAUAGGAAGCCCUAUAACAAUGCAACAUCCUCAAGGGUGUUUUGGCACCUAGCAGUGCUCCAUGCUUAGAUGUUUUGAGUUGGAGGGCAGUGUUGGACUGGCCCACCGGGAUAACAGGAAAACUCCCGGUGGGCCCAGGUGUAUGUGGGCCUCUUG